AUGUCCAGUGCUGGGACAGAGCCACCUUUGAAGGGGGGAAGGGAAGCUUUCCAGUCAGGAGACCUGGAUGUGGAUCCCAGCUCUGAUGGGUACUGGCUGCGUGACCAUGCCUCCAUCCUCAGCUGCUGGAUCCAGCCAACGUCUGCUCUGAUCACUGUUGUUCCAAAUCCUCCCUAUGGGGAAGUGAACCGCAGCGUCACCUUGGAACUCCAGGGCUACACAGCCCAGGCUGUCUUCUAUACUUGGUACAGAAAAGUAGUACUACCUAGCUACAUGAUUGCUAAAUACAAAGUUGAAACCGGCGUGCAGGACCCUGCAGGCAUCCGGGAGAAGGUGUUCCCCAACGGCUCCCUGCUCAUCCCUCACCUCACCCUCAGUGACACUGAUGACUACCUUGUAGCCAUUAGUAACAGUCAAGGCUUCUUAACAGUUAGACAAUGCCAUUUAGCAGUAUAUGGGCCACACCCCAAAGCUCUCAUCAACAGCACCAACAUGGCCCCAGUGGAGAACAAGGAUAAUGUUUCCUUGACAUGCCUGUCUGAGACUCAAGAUGUCACACACCAGUGGUUCAUAACCCAAAGCUGCCCAGCUGGUGACAGGAUAGUGCUGUCCCCAGAUAACAGGACAUUCACCAUAAUCAAAGUCACAAGGGAAGACCAAGGACCCUAUAAGCGUGAAAUCCAGAACCCAAUUAGUUUUCAUGAGAGUGAAUUCACACUAAAUAUUACCUAUCGCCCAAAUACCCCCAUGAUUUCCCCCCAUGUUCCUCAUUACCCUUUAGGGGCAACUAUUAAGUCAAAUCGCUCUCCUGAGUCUAACACACCUCCCCAAUUCACUUGGCUUAUCAAUGAAAUUCAGAUGGCAUCCUUAUCCAAGCUCUCUAUUGCUAAUGUGUCUCUGAAUCACACUGGAAUCUAUACCUGUAAUGCAUCUAACUCUGUCACUGGCUUAUCUGGCAGCCAAGACAUCAAUAUCACAGUCUCUGAUGAAACAACCAAACCUAACCUCACGGCCAACAAAACCAAUGUCAUAGAGAAUGAUACUUUGGCCUUCACCUGUGGCACAGAACAGACGGGAGUGGACAUUCUGUGGUUCUUGGAUAAAAAGCCCCUGAUUCUCAAUGAGAAGAUGAAACUGUCCAUGAAUAACCAGACCCUCACCAUCCUGUCUGUGAAGAGGGAGAACACUGGGUCCUAUCAGUGUGAAAUCCAGAAUCCAAUCAGUUUCAGCAGAAGUGACCCUUUAUCCUGCGUGUGAACUGUGAGUGACUUUGAGUAUGGACCAGACAGCAUCAUGUUUGUACCAAACCAAAAAGGAGAGAUUGAGGUCAAAUUCAACAACCCACUGAUGUUAGAGUGCUGUGUUGAGUCUUACCCACCUGCCCAGUAUAUAUGGCAACUCAAUGGCACCAAGAUCCCUGACAUCUCUAAUAAUACCUAUGUCAUCAAAAAUGUAAAUUUGAAAAAUUCAGGAAAGUAUACAUGUUUGGCAAAGAACAAGGUAACCAACUUGUCGGUCUCUAAGAGCAUCACAGUUAAGACACUGUGCAAAGUGCUAGGUACUUCAUGUUGGAGCCCCUCAAAACACUUUUUUUCUGUCCAAAACAGAAAAGUCUUUGAAGUGAGUAAUGGCUCCUCACUCUCUGGAGGGGCCAUCACUGGCAUUGUGUUUGGAAUCCUAAUUGGAGCUACUCUCUUUGGGGUCUUCAUCUAUUUCUACUUCUUCAGGGACAGGGCCAUCAAAUACCAGGUUCAGAGAAGAACCAUUCAGCACGCAAACAUGGUGAGGACAUCACCCUAUAUGAAAACAAUAUUUGCCUACAAGGUUCACUUCUGCCUGCACAGGACCUGGGCUCCUCUCCUGCUUUUCCUGAAGUCCCACUUGAGAGUUCCUAUCAGACACUGGACAUCACCAGAGUAGAUGUUUAUGACAAGAUUUAUCCCUGGAAGCCUAAAGCUUAAGGAAGUGGGGAAAGUCCCAAGGCAAGUUGUGACAACCCUUCUGUUUCCAUUCAUGAAGGAGGGUUCAGAGGUAUCUCUCAAGAGAAAAAGCUGAGAUCUUGGGAUCAAUAGGGAAAACUUACCAGGAAAGAGAGAAAAGGAUGGGUUUUCAGAGAGGAAAGGCUCCCAUGAACCCAGGGAACCCCCAGACAUCCCAGAAAGGAUCAAGAAGAAUGAAAGAUGCCAGAGUUUGAAUGUGCCUGAGCUGGUCAGAAGACAAGAUGCGACAUGCUCUGUUGCUCUCUAAGUGCUUUAGUAUUGAAUGUCUUCAUAUUUUCCUGUCUUCUUUAUCUACCUAAAAAUCCUUUUGGAAACUUCCACACUUAUUCCUACUAAACUUGGGAGUCAAUGAUCCAUCAUAUUUCCCUGGUCUAAAAUGCUGAGAUUCUCAGAGUCAAAGAGUCCAUGGUCUUAUGCUCUGAGGUUCCAUGGAAUCAGGAAAUUCUGCCACUCAACAACAUGACCUCAAAGUUGGAUCACCAGAGGCAGAAGUGGUUGAUGGUUGUGUAAAUCCCUACAGAGUAUGAAGAAAUCCAGCCAAAGAAGAAUAAUGGCAAUUGCAGAGAGUAUGGAUGCUCAUGGCUGAAAGAAAUGGGCAGUAUUGAGUUCUAAUGAUAGUGACUCCUAGAGCCCAAUAGUGAACUCUACUUAUGGAGAAUUUUCCAACAGGAAAAAAAGGAUAUCCAUAGUCAGAAUCUGGGUGGCACCCUGUAAUGUCUGGGCUAGCUUUCUGGGGGUCCUCAGGAUGGGCCUUAGUCUCAGUAAGAUAGUCACCAUGGGGAUGGUCAGGAAUAGACUCUAUCUCCUUCAUAGUCUGUUCUCUCUGACUGACUGACUGUGUCCCCAGUUCUCUCUGCCCUUAAAUGCCCUAUUAUAAUUACAUCAUUACAGCAUACUAAAUAUGUGUGAACUAGAG